GAAGUGACCUCACGAGAGGUGUGCACAUGUUGCAUGUGGAUCUGGACUGAUAGCUGUGGAGCUAGGUGCUGUACGUAUAUUUGAUUGUAUGCAAAGCUUUGCCUGCAGUGGGAAUUUAGCUCGGGGCAUGGAAUUUAACUGCAUCACUGUGUGUCUGGGGGAUUAUAUUAGCCAGGUGGGCGACCAUUUCAGUUUAGGAAAAAAUGGGAAAUUAUUUAGAAAUAUAAAAGACUGACUGACUAUGGGGUGAAAUGUCUCCAAUAUUUAAUUAAUUAUAAAGUUAACGUAUUAAAAGUAAUAAAGUGCCCUUCAAAGUAUACUUAAAUUCUCUUUUUAGUGCAACUCCUUUUUCAUACAUACCUCCCAAGUGUUAUUAUUUAGGAGAUAGUCCCAGUUUUGUGCCCAAAACUCUCUGUCCUACUUUUCUGUCAUAGUGUUCCUCUUUUCUGGGAGCUCCAUAGUGUAUAUCAGAGCUCCACAGCAAUAAUACUCACAGUAAUGUGUCUCUAAACUACUCUAAAUGUGUUUCGAUAUCACACUGUAUAAAUGAGAAACUUCGCUCUGGGGCAAAAUUACAUCAUAGUUGCAUUGAUUAUUAUUAGAUGAAGUUUAUUUUUGGUGACAGAUCUGUUUUAAGCGUCUUUUAUUGAUAUCUUAUUAAUGCACUGUCAGUGUAAUGCCCAAUGAAUAGGUUGUAAAUACACCAUGGAUUGUGUCUUUAAUGUUAAUGGCAAUAUAGUUAUCUGGGAUGCUACAGAUUUAUUAGUAAUGUAUAUUGUGUAUAGAACUGCGUAUUUACUACCUCGUUCUUAUGUUUCUCUUUGCAGAAAGUAGCGGCAGUCUAAACAGCGAACUGUUAAACUUUUGAUAAUUUUUAAGGUAAGAUAUGAGUUAUAACAUCUUUAGGAAACCAUUUGCAUGUAGACCUGUCACUGUUAUGUAUGUUGCAUAUUCCAAAGUUGUUUUCCUGGCACUAUAGCUCCCAUUCUGUCACUUGCCUUAUUCCAGUGCCGAUGUCCCUCUGUGUUGGUUAGGACUCCGCCUCCGCUCCUCCCUUGUUGACGUUAGUCAGAAGACUUAAUGCGCAUGUGCGGUAAUGGCCUCACUCCCCCAAUAGGAAAGCCUGUAUAAUGCUUUCCUAUGGGAUUUAACGUGACGCUGGAUGUCCUCAUGGAUAGCGUGAGGACAUCCAGCGUCAGUUAGGCAACCAAAAGUCACCUAACCAUUCGGAAGUCCCUCUAGUGGCUCUCUGAUAGACAGCCACUAUAGGUGGAGUUAACCCUCAAAUAUGAUUAUUACAGUUUAUUAAAAACUGCAAUAUUACCUUUCCAGUGUUAAGGGACCUUGGAUAGUGCACUCAAUGAGCUGAAGUGGUCUGGGUGCCUGUUGAGUCCCUUUAAACUCUGGUAUACCAAAUGGUGAAUUAAAACAACCAAACUUUUCGGCUCAUCUAUUGCAUUCAAAGAAUAUUGGGAGUUGGAGUGCAUAAACAUUUGAGGGCUAGUGUCUGGCGUACUCAGUGGUAACCUUUUAAGGUUCAUGGAUAGGCCUGUUAUAGAUGUGGUAAAUAAAACACCCCGAAACUGACAUUUGUUGUAUUCUCAUGCAUGGAUGCAAAACUGGGCUCCAUUUGGCAAGACUGUAAUGAUCCUGCUAAUGUCUGCAGACAUUGCUAGUUUUUGCACGUUUGAUUUACAUUCCCCUUGAGUGAUUACUGAAAGGUGUAGGAAUUUAAAUUUUCUGCCUUUUUCGGAUUAAUAUAUAAGGAAAAGUAAUCUCUGUUUUACCUUUUGUUGUUAUUCAGACUUUUUAUUGAGAAACACAGAAGUUUGUUGUUUACAGAAAGUCGUGCAGUGGAAUAUAGAAUCAUGCAUGCAGCCUUCUAAAGCCUCAACUAUUUGAGAUUACUAAAUAAUAUUAAAGUUAAAUCAUAGGAGUGCUCAAUGCAAAACUAUCUUGUUAAAGUACUGCACUUGUUGCAGAGAGUCCAAGUAGAGAAAUAUGAAAACUGCAAACCCCAUUCUUCAGCCAUAAUAUUGUUAAAUGUAAAUAUAAAAAGUGAAUAAUAACUGGGUUAUUAAAAAAGAAAAAAAUAUGAAUUGCUGCAAAUUCAAAGUAAAAUUCACAUUUAUCUGAAAUGGAUUUUUCCCAAGACAGCUGUUUUCAUUUAAACUAAUUCUUUCUUUUGUUCUGUUUUCUUUUGUUAGUUCAGUAUGUUGCGUGAGUAACCCAAAAUAUGUUAAUUUCAUUUAAGUAACAUACAAUGCCUGUUAUUAAUGUAUAGAAAUAGUGAUAAAUCCUUUUUUAUAGCUUUUUCUCCUCCCAUCUAUUUUGCUCUACAUGUUAACAAAUGAAAAUUGCAUUGAAUUUGCAAUAUUUGUUGCACCUACCCUCUUAUAGAUUUUUGUUUUGUACCAAAGCUUGAUUAAGAGGAUUGUUUUAAAUCUUCCCCCAUGUUCUGGAUUCUUGGUACUACAUGAGCUGCACUCUUUUUGUUUUCUCUAACAUUUAACAAUUGAAGGCUCCAGAGACUACAUUUAUAAACUGAGGCACAAGGUUUAUAUUUAAACACAGGUAUACACUACAUCCAUGGCAGUAAUGUGGGCAUUUCCCAAAGAGGACAACAGUAUGUAUGACUCUAAACAAGCAUUUCACAUUUUUGCAAUUUAAAGGGCUACUCCAAACACCAUAACCACUUUGGUGAUUUUAAUUGGUCAUGGUGCCUAGAGUUUGUAAGAAAGCAAACUGCUGCACAUACAGAGAUUAACCCCUCUGCAUCAAACCCUGGCGGGGACCCAGGUAUGGAAGCAAACCAUUACAAAUCAUAUGCUUCAUUAUUGGGAAGCUGGAGUAGGGUACUCCUGGCAUCAUAAAUACUACAGUAGGCUGUGUAGUGGUUAUAAAGCUUGGAGUAACCUUCUAAGGCAGCAGGUGGGCAGCUUGGGAAUUAAGGAUUCAUUUAGCUUGAUUAAGGCCACAUCACAGGAAAUGAGGCGUUAAAUGCCAAAUCCUUUAUUUUGCACAAAACAGCACAUUUUAGUCAUAUUUAGGUGUUAAUUAACUAAACCCCAAAUUGCAGUGAACUGUGAUUUUAGUGGAGUGGGAGAGAUUUUUUAUUUUUUUGUCAAUCUUUAUUUUUGUUGUGCAUAUAAAUAGUAACAUGCGUACUUGCAAUGCCACAACAGCAUAGACAGGUAAUUAAGCAUCAUACAUAGUAAUAUAAAGACAUGGCAGAUGUAUAUGAUGCACGUUUUUAGAAAGAUAAGCAAAGUUCUUUUGAAACCGGUGAAGCCAUAGUGUCUAGCAGGUAGGCUGAAUCAACUUGUAAUCAUUAUGCGAGGCUUGAAGAUGAAGAGCACGUUAGAAUACAUUCCCUGUGCUGUCAGAAACAUGUUAACAAAAAAAAAAACACUUAUCUAAAGUAAACUAGGCACAUCUGUCUGGAUGUGUAAUGUAAGCUGCUUCAGACAUGAGUGCUAGUAGGAAUAUCAACUGUUUUAAACAUGCUAAACAUUGUUGCAGAAUAGUAAACCACUGGGCCCAAAUAUAGUGCUGCAUCAUGGCAAGAAAGAUGAACAAUAUUAAUGGCAGCUGAAUAUGAAUAGCCUGUGAGACCUAUGGCUAACUGGAGUGUUAGACCCAUAGCAGGUAACUGUCACCCUUAGCCAAUGUCCUUUGUUGGGGGCAGUUGUAACCAGCCGGCGAGCCGGUGAUGGUAGUGUAAUGGGAGCAUGGGAGGUCGGAUUCUCCGCCCCAGGCCUUGGGGGAUCCAUAGGGCCAAGUCCAUCUUUUUUAAGGGAAUAGCCAGAGACUUUGGUGGUGCUGGUCUUCUUCUUGCGUGGUCAAUGCUUCGGUGCAAAACCCAUUGGGGUCCGCAGCCUGGGUGGGCUAGUAUGAUUACCGCUAGGUGCUUUUGGAGUCCCUGUGCCCGGCGCAGGCCUCACCUCUCCAUGCUCUUCUUCUCUUUGCUCAUCUGCUGGAGGCAGGUGUGGAGUGGCGGCGAGUUUUGCUUCCAGCUUAGCCCAGAAGUGUGCAAAGAUUUCCUCCAACUUCUGGACAGAGCCCGCAGUUGAGCCAUGCAGGGUCCGUUUCGGGUUCCGUCCACAGUGGAUGAGAGUGUCCUUAGAGGGUAUUAAGUCAGAUUGUGUAGGAGCACUCACAAAUUACAUCCGACUGCCAUGAUGGUCAGGCCCUGCCAUUUUGUGCCUUAGUUUGUAAUGUAAUUUACACUAAAAUAAAAUUUGUUGUUUUGUGAAUAACACACUUUAAUGUAUAAUCACAAUAAAUGGGGUCACUAUGCAUAAGAUGAGGCAGAGGCAUCAGUGAUGCCCACCGAAUAUCAAAGCUAAAGAACACAGUUAUGAACAGUUGAAUCCGAGCUGCAGGGUCUCCUUACUGUAGUUCCAACAGUGUAACAAGUAGAUAGACAAAAAAUGGAGUUCUGCGCAUCAAGUAGGUAGUACACACCCACGUGCUACUGCAGUUUAUUAGAGGAAACAAUAUAAAUAAACGUUUCGGGCAACAAGCCCUUCCUCAGUGCUAAUGUCCUCGACACUGAGGAAGGGCUUGUUGCCCGAAACGUUUAUUUAUAUUGUUUCCUCUAAUAAAUUGCAGUAGCACGUGGGUGUGCUCCACCUACUUGAUGCGCAGAACUCAAUUUUUUUUUGUCUAUCCACAAUAAAUGGGGAAUUGUGAAGACGUCUAAAAAAAAGGCCAAAAUAGAAGAGAUAAUGCCGGUUCUAAUCUCUCCGUAAAUAAGUCACAGGUCACAGCUUUGUUAAUAAGCAACUUAAAGUUUGUUCUUCUAUUUGUGUAUUAAUCUUUUUUUUUAAUUUUUUUUUAUAUAUAUAUAUAUAUGUCUACUACAAUUGUUUAUCCCCGGGCCCUAUAGGACUGGAAGCUGCAAGGCAAUGUCUGAAUGGUUUGACAAAAAUCCUUUGGAGUGGCAAUCCUAUGUCAACAAACAGGUGAAAAUUUUGGCCCAUGAGAAGAAUGAGUUCCAUGGAUGGGUCUUAACAAUUGAUCCAGUUUCUGCAAGGUAAACACAGUGAGAUACACAGAUCUGUCUUAUUACUUUAAAGUAGGAAUGUCACUGUCUGGGGACUUUGACGACCUUGCAAAGGCCCCUGAUGGUGACAUCGCCCCUGGUGGGCAGGUAAAGGUGAGAUUUACUUACCUGAACCUGUCCCUUGUAGGUGCCACUAUCUUCCUCUUGAAGCACCAGUAGCCAACGUCACUGAUGAACUAUUACGCAAGUGCAAGGAUUCGAUGAUACUCUCCAUAGUCAGAGCCAAUUCCCCACAGCCAUCACUGGUGAUGGUCGCCUGAAAUGACUCUGUAACUAUAACGAGAAAAGUAGUCCCUACUUUGUCUUUGUAUAUCUCUCGAAUGGUUGGAAUUUCAGUGAUCAGUAUUUCAUAUAUAUUUAUAUAUUUACAAAAUACUAACUUUAACCCCUUAAGGACCAAACUUCUGGAAUAAAAAGGGAAUCAUGAAAUGUCACACGUCAUGUGUCCUUAAGGGGUUAAAGGGACACCAUAGUCACCAAAACAACUUUAGCUUAAUGAAGCAGUUUUGGUGUAUAGAUCAUGCCACUGAAGUUUUAACUUCUCAAUAUUCUGCCAUUUAGGAGUUAAAUAACUUUUGUUUCUGUUGGUGCAGCCCAAGUCACACCUCCCCUGUCUGUCACAAACACAGCCUGGAUGAAAACAAAAUGGUUUCAUUUCCAAUCAGAUGUGACUCACUUUUUAAAGUUCUCAUCUCCUGCUCUGUAAAUUGAACUUUAACCACAGACAGGAGGCUCCUGCAGGGUCUAGCAAGCUAUUAACAGAGCUGGAGAAAUGAAAUUCGAAAUAAAACAGAAUUUGCAAUAAAGGAAGUAUAAACAUUUGAUCACUAUUUACAGGAAGUGUUUAGGAAGGUGUGCCUAGGGCUACAUAGAUUAAAGUGAUUUAACUCCUAAAUGGCAAACAGUUGAGCAAUGAGAGUGCAUGGGGCAUGAUCUAUACACAACUGCUUAAUUAAACUAAAAUUGUUUUGGUGACUAUAGUGUCCCUUUAAGGGAGGCAGUGUUGUUUUAAAAGUGAAGGGUUUAUUUACUAAAAAGUAUAUAGAAAACUAUAUAGUAAAAAUCAAACUAAGCUAUUGACCUGCUUGAAUUUUGCUAUUUGGCUUUUACUGUUCAGGGAAUAAACCCUAACAAGGUUUAUUCUUUCAUUUCUGUUUUGUAGUAAAUGUAAAAUCGGAAUUGCAAUAUUUAGGCAAAAAAUGGUAUGUAAUGGAAAAAAAUAAAUGUCCGACUACAAUUAACUUUUAAAUUCACUAGAAUUUGCUCUUAAGUGUAACCCCCUCCAUGCUCCACCCCCUCCCGCCCUUCAGAGAAGCUUAUUGACAAAACAGAGUAUUGGGGAAUUCAAAACUAAACUGUUUUUCUGUCCUGGCUAUUUUAACAAUUCAGUUUUAAAUCUAGCGAACAAACACCAGAAGGUCUCCUAGACCACUUAAUCUCACUGAAGUCGUCCUGGCUGUAUUGAUCCUUUAGUUCUACUUUGCAAUGUAAAAUAUUGGUUGGUUGGUUGGGGUGUGCCAUAACCAACGUACGGGUAGGCCUGUAAUAAUAGAGGGCAAAAGAUAUUAAAGUAAUUUCUCUGGAUGAGGAAUAUAUUGAUUAUAGAUGGAGGAUUCCAUCUCCCCAAUUUAUUUGAUAAUAUGCAAUGGGGUGUCAGUGCCGGAAUCCGCGUAAACUGCCCCUAUUCUAAAUGAGUGACCUGAGAAUGAUGCUGGAUUAAAAUCUAAUCUCAGGAGUAGGGCUCUGAUAUAGAAGAUGGAUUUAGCAGUAGUAAGUGGGACCCCUUGAAGUGAGAGAUGUGGCGAGAUAGAUUGCGAUAUAUAUAUAACAUAUAUAUAUUGGAAGGCAUGGCCUGAAGUUGUGGGAGGGGCUAUAGAGCUACUUAAGGGACUCCCCCCCCCCCGACCGGCACUUCAGCCCGGCACCAACGGCCCCAGUACCUGACCGUCUCUCUAGCCCGGCCUGACCGGCAUUUCAGCCCGGCAUUACCGGCCCCAGUACCUGACCGGCUCUCCAGCCCGGCCCGACCUGCUCUGGCAACCCGGCAUCACCAGCCAGCAACCUGACCGGCCUCUCUCCCCACCAGCUCGUUGGGUCGGUAAGCCAUGGCAUUUUUCUCCUGGGUAAAUAGCACGACAGGCCCGGGUACAGGUACAGAGACUCCAUUACCGUUAGGAGUCCCUGUUCCCGGCCGCCAGCUAUGCCCAGGCUUAAGGGGGAAGGUUAAUUGGGGUUUGGGGGGGGGGUCAAAAUACACUGCACGGGCGGGAACAGGCCUCACAGACCCCUAUAUCGUAAGGGGUUCCUGCCGGCAACACACAGAGAAAAGGGGGGAGUAGCUGGGUCAUCUGUGUAAAACCCAGUCUACCUGGCUGGCAUAACUUAAGGGGGGCAUGGUACGGUUCUGUGGCUGGCUGACCCCUAGUUCAGCCAGUUUCAGCCUUAAGAAUACAAUAUAUACACAUCUCAAUUCAAAUGUUUUUUUUUUCAAUACGGUGUUCUUAUUUAUACAAUUACUGCUAGUAGUACUCUGGUUAAACAUAUAUAUUUUGUAUGAUAUGCUUGACAAACAUGGUAAUUAUAUAGUAUAUGUUUUACUUACGGCUGAUUAGAUAUGUUAUGUGAUAUCUGCAUUAAUAGUAGUAAAAUUAGAGUCUUAAGAUAAUUAACCCCGGUUAAAUGUUAAAAUACAUUGGCUACUGGGGGCAUUGUGUCUGUUGUGGGGACAGUACUCCCUGCACUCACCCCCGAAAGCACUUACUACUUUCAGUUAGACAAUCUUGCGUAUAUGUCCUACAAGAGUACAUUAUCUGAAUUCUCAUACCCCCAGGAACCCCGAAUACCCCCGGACGGGUCAUCUAAGCUAACCACCCCUACUCAAGAGACCUCUGAUUUCUCUUAUACAGAAGCCAGGGCUCACUUUUUAUUAUUAAACGUUAUUUUCAACAUGGCCGAUUAGUUAAUUUCCCUGCCCCUUAGUCCUAACGGUCCUCGAGGCCAACUCCCAUCCUCCACUUCGAGGUACGAUACGCCCCUCGGGCCAAAUCAUAGUUAGUCGCCUCGCAAAUUAUAUAGAGAGGGCGACACCAGUCACCGCCAAAUACCCAUCCCCUCCUACGCAUGGAGAGGCCAACGUCCCAUCACCACUAUAGGUUACCACGCCCCUCGCGCCAACUCAUAGAUAGAGCCUCUCUAGCCACUUGGCACUAGUAGGGCCUCAACUGCCACAAACCUAGAAUAAUCUUUCGCCAUCUGGCACUAGCUAGCCACCUGUUAAUUCCCAACCCUGGUUACAAACAUGUCUAUUAUAUAUUUUCAGUAUGUCCCUACUCCCAGAUGAUGUUGAGGAUUUGUCAAUCCCUAGCACCCCUGCUAGGUCACUUACUCCGACCCGCAAGGGCAACACGGGAAGUCCCUUGUCCAUCAGAUAAUAGACUAUCCCCCACAUCACUGCAGAAUUACGUAAACGCAGUAUUCCCUUCCCGGCUUCUGCCAGGAAAGCAGAACUGUUCAAAUUACUAAGAACCAAUACCAUCAAUACAGACGUAGGGGAAGGCACAAGCAGAUCUCAAGAUCCUACUCUCCAUGCUAUGGUUGCCUCCCUAAUCUCUUCUAUGGGGAAGGUCAACGACAGGCUGGAGAGGCUGGAAGCCCGUAGCUUCCCAGCACAACCUCCUGGCCCUCUCUCUGAAUAAUCCCGGCCAUACCCACAGCAAUAACGGGUAAUUCCAUAUCCACCAAGGCAGCUGCCCACAUGGUUCCGGCCAACCUUAAAAAGGACAUCCUGGAAGGCAAGGACGUUAACUUAGUCUCACUGCUCAUUGCCUCCCAGGAUAUCGUGGAAACCGGUCUUACGACUACGGGGACAUCUCGGUGGUUUUAAAAGCCAGAGACCCCAGACUCAGUAAGGAACUCCCCAUUCCUGAUUUUGUUCUGGCCUUCGGUAUCUUUAGAGAUAUUCUAUGCAUGGCUCAACCACAUAGGAGGGAGGAACUACAUAUGCAUAAGCUGGUGGAUCUUGGUAAUAAGUAUGGUGGCUAUACUUUUUACGACUACCACAAGUCCUUUUCAUCAAAAGUGUCGGCCACGUUGUCUCAGACCGGCAUCCAGAUGGAUUGGAGCCAACUGGACAAUGAACUGUUCCUCAGACAUUUCGCAGGGCUUAGGACACCAGCUUGUGCCAUAUGUACAUCACCCGCUCACGCAGCCAAUUUCUGCCCACUCUGUCCGGACAGCGCUCCCGGCUCAUCCUUACAGCAUCCCCCAAAGGCUCAGAAACAGUAUAGAGACAAACUGGGUCGCCCAGUAGUGUAUCUAGGCAAAUCUCAGAUUUGCAAUAAUUUCAACGAGUGCUCCUGCGGUUACAGCGCCUGCCGCUUACUACACGUGUGCUCGCAUUGUUUCAGGACACAUGCGAAAUCCAUGUGCCCUAAUAAAAUGUACCAGAAACCUUAUUUGUCUCCGGUGAACAGUCCUUUACUCUCACGUAUGCUGUCCACUCACCCCUCCACACACCUCGUUGAAAUUUUUAUGUACAGGUCUCACCCAGGGUUUUCACACAGGGCUCAUUUACAUGCCAAGUGGGGUAAUAGAGUGUCACAAUUUACAGUCUGCCACUAACCACCCUACGGCAGUCACCACAUUGUUACAACUUGAAGUGGAUCAGGCCUUUUGUUAACCCCCCUUUUCCAGCUGGAGAACUAACCCUAUCGGGCUGGUUUCCAGCAAAAUUCUGAGGAACUGAGACUCAUCAUUGACUUAUCCGCACCCCACUCCUCAGCCAUCCCCCAGCCUAAACUCAUUGAUUCCAUCUGAAGAAUUUUCCCUACAAUACUCCACGAUUGACGCUAUUGCAGCUAUCAGAUCUGCAGGGUUGGGGGCUUGGCUCAGCAAGACGAAUAUUGUAGAUGCCUUCAAAUUAUUACCUCUUCACCCCUCUUUGUGGCACUUGCAUGGCGUUAAGUGGCAAGAAGCCUACUACUUCUUUACAAAGCUCACUUUCGGGGCCAAGAGUAGUCCGAGGAUUUUUGACACGUUCGCAGAAGCCUUGUGUUGGCUCCUCUUGAAUACCUGCAGGUGCCCAAAUGUGAUACAUUACUUAGAUGGUUUUCUCUUCAUCGAAUCCAAUUCCACCCCCCCCCACCUCCCACGUAGCCUAGACAAAGCAACCAAACUAUUCACCUCCCUUGGUGUCCCCGUGUCACCCACUAGAACCGAAGGACCGGACACAAUUAUAAACUUUCUUGGUAUUCUGCUGGAUUCAUCAACAAUGAUGGCCAGCCUCCCUAGAGGCAAGAUCGUUCAUAUCCUACACGACAUUAGCCACUACAUGCACAGGGGGUCUUGCAAUCGUAAAGAACUACAAUCACUUUUGGGUUCACUAAAUCUCGCCAUGCGCAUUAUCCCCCAGGGCAGGGCUUUCAUUUCUAGGCUCCUCGCCCUGUUCCCCACUUUCUCCAAUGACUAUGACCGCAUAUCCUUGGACUGGCCUGCGACCGCUGACCUCCAGAUGUGGUACAAAUUUCUCUCAGACUGGAAUGGGAGGAGCAUAUUCCUUCCGCAGAUUGAUUCACACUCACCGGUCAUUUGGACAGACGCGGCAUCAUGCACGGGAUAUGCGGCCAUUUUCGGCACAGAAUGGCUCUGGGGGACCUGGCCUACAGAAACUCAGGACAUUGAGGGUUUUCACACUAACUCAGCCCUAUUUGAAGUAUACCCGAUAGUUGCUGCAGCAAUCACUUGGUGUAGGUUGUGGAAAGGUCAGUCCGUACGCUGUUUUUCUGACAACCUGGCAAUAUGCCACAUUAUCAAUAAGGGUCACUCUUCCUCCUUGGCGAUUAUGAGUUUCCUUAGGAAACUGCCAUGGCUGGCGGCUACCCAUCAGUUCCACAUUGUAUGCUCUCACGUUCCCGGCAUAUACAACACGGCAGCUGACCAACUCUCUCGCUUUCAAUUUCAGGCUUUCAUACUGUCCCUACCCUCGGCAGCUCGGGUAGCAACCCCAGCUCCAACUUUCCAAGAUCUUAUCAUGGAGUAGACUAACUACUUUAGCACAGCCACGUUCUCACCAAAUUAGCCCUAUCCACCAGCACCCAACACGCGUAUCACAGAGCUUUUCACUUGUACAAACAAUUCAUGUCCGACCAUCACCUAGCCAACUGGUUUGAGGUUUCUUCACUGAUAGCUUUUGCAUCUUUUUGCCACCUUUAAAUUCUCACAAUACUAUUAAGCUGUACCUCACGGGGAUACAACACCAUAUGUAUUGCUCCUUCCCUAACCACAAAGGAUUCUUAACUUCUUACCCCAUCAGAACACUACUGAAAGGCAUAGCAAAAGCGGACGGCCCUUCAACACCCAAGAGACUUGCUAUUGACAUUAAAAUAUUCAAAUCCUUGUCCGACCUUCUCGACCAGGCACCAUUUGAACCCCAUACGAAUGCAGUCAUUAAAACUACCAUUUAUCUAGCGUUUUAUGGGUUUCUUAGACCAAGAGAAUUCACCAUUAGUGGCCAGCACCAUAACCAAGGGUGCCUCCUCACCUCCUACCUCAGGAAACACACCGACUACUACGUCCUGACUGGACAUACCCCAUAAGACCAAAACAAGUCAGAUGGGGGAACCGGUUCACAUAACCUACUACCCCACAGGGAACAAUUGGUGUCUGGUGAAAGUACUCAACGCUUUCUUAGCUACAACAUCAACACACACCACUUACAUCCCAAACCCAGUCCAAGAGAUUAGGUGGGCUUUCAUUAAGAUGUCUAUUUAAAUAUGUAAUGAUAUACUAUGUUUUCUGAAUAAUGUUAUCUUUGAUUUAUCUCUUUUUGCCCACUUUAUUUACCGGCCUACAGCAUACAUCGGUUUCGGCACACCUCAACCGACUAUUUCCUUUUAUGUUAUUCCUCUUCGCCAGUGUAUUUCAUAUCCAAUGAGAGUGCCCCGAACACAAAUUGGAAGGCAUGGCCUGAAGUUGUGGGAGGGGCUAUAGAGCUACUUAAGGGACUCCCCCCUUCCCUUACUUACCUUCGUUGGUCGAACAGGCCCACCCUCCACUCCCAUUAGCUAUACUUUCCUCUAUGUGGGCCCACUUUAUUUACCAGCAUACAUCGGUUUCGGCACACCUCAACCGACUAUUUCCUUUUAUGUUAUUCCUCUUCGCCAGCGUAUUUCAUAUCCAAUGAGAGUGCCCCGAACACAAAUAAAUAAAUAAAUUUAAAAAAAAAAAAAAAAAAAAAAAAAAAAAUAUAUAUAUAUAUAUAUAUAUAUAUAUAUAUAUAUAUAUAUAUAUAUAGUGUGUGUGUGUGUGUAUGGAUGUCUUUUUGUCUUGCUACAGUAGACUCUCGUGGACUUGGGAAACUGUAGAAAGCUAUAUAAAUGGCAGUUUUAAUUACUUGGUUGGUGUGGUUGUCAAAUGGUCGGGUGUCCAGUAAAUCACUGAGAGUUCGGAAUAUGGGACUAUCGAUAUAUAUUGUGUGCUCUCACCUUUUUAUUGUAUUGUAUUCACUGUAGUUGUGUGUUUUCGAGUGAUUCACACAGGUGAUUGAGCACUCCUCUUUUAUCACAUUCUUACUUCUAUAUAUUUUUUUUAAUGUAUUUAAGCUGCUUCCAAUGCACCCAUCCCUGUGGCAUAUUCAUGGUAUUAAGUAGAGGGAAAGAUUUUAUGUUAUGUUGAAUUGUGUGGACUCUACAAACAACAAUAAAAAAAGACCAUAGCAUUAUACAGUAAACAACAUCUAAAAAUAUGUACUUGCUGGUCCAAAUCACAUGAUUCUGAGCCACUUAAAGGACCACUAUAGUGCCAGGAAAACAAACUCGUUUUCCUGGCACUAUAGUAUUAAUAGGUCUGCCCCCCUCCUGCCGGGCUGAAGGUAGAGGAAGGGGUUAAAUCACUUACCUUUCUCCAGAGCUGGGCUCCCUUGGCGCUGGGGACUCUCCUCUUCCUUCUGAUGUCAUCGGCUGAAUGAGCAUGCGCGGCAAGAGCCGCGCUCGCAUUCAGCCAGUCCAUAGGAAAGCAUUCUCAAUACCUUCCUAUGGAUGCUGGCGUCUUCUCCCUUCUGAAAAUCACAGUGAGAAGUGGAAGCGCCUCUAGCGGCUGUCAAUGAGACAGCCACUAGAGGCUGGAUUUAACCCAUAUGUAAACAUAGCAGUUUCUUUGAAACUGCUAUGUUUACAGCAGGCAGGGUUAACCCUAAAUGGACCUGGCACUCAGACCACUUCAUUGAGCUGAAGUGGUCUGGGUGCCUAUAGUGGUCCUUUAAACAGAGCUGGCUCAGACUAGAAGCUUUGAGUGGAGGACCCAGUGGAUGCAGGAAGUGGGUCUAGAUAAUUCUUUGUCCCUUCAUCUUACACAAUAUAUAGGUGAAGAAAAGAUACUUUAUUGGACAAAAUAAUAUAAAAUCAGAUCUCACAUACACUACACAAGUCCACUGGCCACUUUACACAUUUCGGCUAAGCGCCUUCUUCAGAAGUGGGUUGCUCCCAUUGUAAUCCUUUUAAACCCUUGAAUUUUACGCCCUUUCACAGUUACCACCGAUAUUUACAGUUUAUUUCUGCUUUCGUCAUAAGACUUGGACACUGACGACUAAAUUAAUGCUUGGUGUAUGUGAAGAAUGAGGAGCCAAAAAGUCAAUAAUAAGACUUUUUUUUUUUUUUUUUAAUUGGAAGAUUUGUUUGAUACAACACCGAUAGUGUUCGUGCACCAUAACUGAAAAGGUUGAUGGGUGAAGGGGCCUAGCAAAAAAACAAGAUGGGUUUCCUUGACCAGUAGAGUAUCUACUGCUGCGGGAUCGGAGUAAGCUGAUAAGAGGUUGGGGCACUCUAGUGUGCCGGAUGGGAGUGCAACUAGACCUGUGUGAAAACUCUCAGAAAAACCCGACACCAAGAAAUCCUCCAGGUGAGGAGAGGGGUGUGAUCUCAAGUGAAAAGUGAGACUGUCCAAAUUAACCUCUGUACCUCAUUUCCUGGAAAAAAGCUUGGAGGGGCACAUUAAUUUAGUGUGUGCCCUAAAGCAUAUAGAACAGAUGUGCAACCGACACGCACUGUAAUUGCAGGUACCCGCAUUAAAGUUGUUGCACACCUGUUCGUUAUCCAGGAAAAAGAUGGGUCUGCCCAGUUUAUCCUUUAGGCCCCAAUCUUGAGCCACAGAGGAACCUGGAUUGGCACUUGCUGAGGGUGAGAAAGUGGAAGGUUCAGCUUUGCAGGAGCACAAGUUGGUGAAAUGAGAGGAAGAUAAACAAACCGCAUGAGGAGGGGGCUUCAAGCCAGCGAAAUGCCUUCAAAACAGCUCUGUGUCCAGUUGACCCCAGUUAGUUUGAAUAUUAAACUGGGCCAGAGCUGCUACCGCCUUGGCAGACACCAACUUGUGAUAGUCUUCAAAAGUAAAUCCCCCAUACUUGUACCCCAAAUCCACCAAUUUGUGCAAGUAGAGAUCCAGUUCCUCCUGCCUCGAGGGGUACACCGAACACAUAACGUCCCUGUAGAGCCCAAAGGCGAGUAUGAACUCUGGAACGGAUAAUUUCUUAUUUAGUCUAGUGACCCUGGCCUUAAUUACCACAGACAAUUCCCUGUAGCUGUAUCUCCUGUUCUCUAUAAUACCCUGCAAAGCUACUAGUAGUGACACCAAGCAGACAUCCUUACCAAGAAUGUCUAAUGUGUGAAAUAGACAGCCUGUGUGACUACUGCUGCGACUGAAUCCUCAGCUGGCUUAACCGCAGAGGCCUGAGGAUUCUGGUGAGCAGUUUCCAGCACUGUCAAGCUGUCACUAAUGGCUUGAAUUGAAGCAAUUAAUAGAGACUUCCUGUUCUGCACUUCUCCUGUGCAGUCAAAACUACCGCCUGGGGAACUCAUGCUGGGUCUGGGGUCAUUGGACUGUGUGGGUAAAAGCCUGAAGAGCUCUGCCUUCCUUGCCGUGGCUGGGAAGGGGAUACACAUACGGCAUAACUCCGCUGCUAAUUUUGGAAUAGUCCAUGACCUUAAAGACCUGGGACUGCCCAAGCAUACAAAGGGUCAAUGUGGGAGGUAAAGACUUCCUAGUGUCGGCAUACGCGGAUGAUGUGCUUCUGACGCUCACGAGCCCAGUGGACUCUAUGGUGGCUUUACAGGAUGUCCUUCAUGAUUAUGGGGCAGUCUUGGGAUACAAGGCAAACUAUACCAUAGCAAAGGAUAUGCCCACCCAGAAUCCUUUGUGGUAGUAACAUCACUGCAAAUUUGUGAUUUAUGUGGGAAAAGCAAGUCUUAUGGUUUGACUGGUGUGCAGAUUUUUGUUUAACAUUGUAUUAACUAUCCACAGACUUCAGGUGGAAAGGGUUUUCAAUCACCUUUUUUUUUUUUCACCGUAACCUUUUUGGUUUUAGAUAUAUAUGUCUAAUUUUUUUUUUUUCGUAUAAAACCUUACUACUGUUAGGAAUACAGGUUCAUUUUUCUUUACCAUUUGUAUUGCUUGUACAGGUACAUAUAACUUUUACUAUAAAUUAGAUGUGAGUUGAAAACUGAACUGCAAAAUUCAUGCUUAAACAAUGGUACAUGUGUAUACCUUAUUUUUAGGAAAGCUUGUUUCUUUAAAGAUUUUUAUAAUGCAUAAUUUUUUAUAUUUGUAUAAUAUUUAAUAGGUGGUAAAUCCUUGACGGUUACUGAAGCUGCAUAUUGUUUCCUUAGAGACAUGGGAAACAAGACAGCCUCUUAUACUUCAAUUAUAUGUGCAAGAUUCUUGGCAACAAUAGGUCACCUCCCAAAGCUGUAUUUUACAGUGCAGACUGCCACACCUUUUGUUAUUCAAAAUUCUUACUUGAAAAUAAAUGCAAAUGUGUCUUUCUUCCAUACACAUACGAUAUACCAGAAAUAAGACCUGUUUUUGUUUUGCAUUCUAUAUGUGUAUUACCAUACUGUAUUUGUUGUGCUGAUCUCACGAUGCUUCCCUGUAGUACCUUUUGUUUGGGGUCUAUCAUGACAUUGGAAAAAAUGUUGGAUAGUGUUUCCAUUGUCUGUUUUGUCAUAAAACUUGCAAUUCCCUUGUCUGUUCUCCCAAUUUGGUGAAUAGACCAGUUUGUGAUAAUCUGUCACUUUGAAUCCGCCAAGGCAUCACUAUGAAGAUCCCAAUGCUUAUCUGCUAUCAUUUGUAAGACACAGUGGUUAGGACUAUUUUGGGAAGAAGGUGUACUUUGCACUGUGUUUGUUCCUCAGGCCAUAAAUACACUGCAAUGUAGAUGACGUAAGCAACCAAUUGUAAAUGGUCUACAAAAAGUGAUUUGGGUAAUAUUACAUAAUUAAUAUAUUUAUUUGUUUACAGUAUUGUGUUGGUUAAUUUCCAAGAUGACCAGAAAACCUUGAUACAGGUGGUAAUGGGCCAUGCUGUUCUACAAGUAGACGUAUUGAAUGAAGCAGACGAGGCAAUGAAAAACCGGCUUAUGCAUAUCCUAAGCCCCCAAGAAGCCACAUCCUUGUAUAGCACUGAGGAUCUGGAAACAAAGAAGCUGAACUUAAAGACUUGGUUGGAGCAAAAUAAUAUUCCUGUGACUGAACAAGGGGAGUCACAGAGAACACUGUGUGUGGCUGGUGUACUGACUAUUGACCCUCCAUAUGAGCCAGGCAACUGCAAUAGUGCUAAUGAAAUCAUACUGUCUCGGAUCCAGGGACUUAUAGAAGGCUACACAAGCAGACAAUGAUUGCAUCCUCACUUGGUUUUCCACCUUGGCAUGAGCUAAGCUACAGGUUUCCUCUACUAUGUGAAACAUUCCUUAAAAACCACAAGAAGAUAGAUUAGAAAAAGGAAAAAUUGACUCUUCCCCUUCUUCUAAAGACCACAAACUAGCAUUGCAAAGGGUCUGCCAACCUCCAUGUCUUCUGUGAAUCCAAAUCCAAUCUUCAUGACUGGCAUGAAACUGUUCAAAAUCCUAAGCUAUUUGUCUUUCUUUGACAUUGGCCACAGGCCUUGUGUGUUGUGAAAAACUCAGAUGUGUUGAAAUCUUGUACCCAUCUCAUCAGUAUCACAUUCACAUGUAUGCACUUAUUUCAGUAAUCCUAGGAAUAGAAAAUACAAACAAAUCCACCCAUCUUUAAGUACAGUAAUGAAUGUCAUUUAUUGUACACGGUGAUCAACCCAGGCCUAUAUUUAUUCAUACCAUUUUGAAUUGUAGCUGCAGUCUUUGGCCAAUUGAAAUCCAGCUAGGAUUAAAUCCCUGGUCCAUUAGCACAAAAUACACAUUAGAAUAAUUUCUACAGCCUGCAGUAUUCCUUAAAUAAAAAAAAAAAAGUAAACAAAGUACAUAAUGUGGUUUUUUUUUCUAAAUAUGGUCCAAUGCAACUAGUACUUAAAUUGAAUUUUUAAAAGAAUGCAGAGAUCUUUUGAAAAUGUUAGCAUCAAUAUAAAAUGCCUUCUGAUGUAAUAACCCAUUAAUGUACAGAUACAUUUCCAAAGUCUGUUUCCAUUAGGUUUGAGAAAGCAAUUUACACCUCUGGUAUUGCAUACUAUAAAUCAUGAGUGUCGAAGAGGUAGAUCCCCAGAUGCUGUAAAACUGCAACUCCAUGAUGCUUUGCAUGCGCGUAGAAUGACAAAGCAUCAUGGAAACUGUCGUUUUAAAACAUCUGGGGAUCUACCUAUUGGGCACCCCUGCUAUAAAUUGUUUGUUAGGUUUUUCCGUCACAUUUAACAAAAAAAUAUUUCACUCUGUGCUUGAAUCCUUAAAAGGACCACUGUAGGCACCCAGACCACUUCAGCUCAAUGAAGAGGUCUGGGUGCCAGGUCCCCCUAGUUUUAACCCUGCAGCUGGAAACAUAGUUUCAGAGAAACCGCUAUGUUUACACUGCAGAGUUAAUCCAUCCACUAGAGGCCGCUUCCUUGAUUUACACUGAGUAAGUUGCACUUAUAUGACGCUGCACGUCCUCCCGGAGUCCAGCGUCAAAUAAGAUCCCGAUUGGAAAGCUUGGAGUAAUGCUUUCCUAUGGGUGGGUUUGAAUGCUCGUGCGCCUCUGGCCGCGUAUUCGGCUCCACUCAGAAGCUGACGUCUAUGGAGGAGAGGUCACCAGUGCUGGCGCUGGAUUAAGGUAAGCAAAUAAAUGGUUAACUAUUCGCUGUGGAUCGGGCCCCAGUCACCUAAAUGGUGACUAGGGCUCUAUAGCGUUAGGAAUACAUUUGUAUUCUUAAUGCUAUAGUGUUCCUUUAUUGCAUUUGACACUGCAAAGUCUUUGAAAAUGUUUUAGACAUUGAUGGCAGUAUUUAAUGUAAUUUGUAUUAACAUUUAAUGGCAACGAUAAAUCAGAGGGAUGCAUUAUAUUUAGAUAAUUAGCUGGCUUAUGGGUUUUGUAAGUUAAACUCUACCAUGAAUAUACUUAUUAAAUUACAUAGAAAUAUGAUUUUUUUUCCUGACUUUAAGUGAAUAUUUGUUUUGUUCUGUAAAAAUGUGAUAUCAUUUAUACACAAUAAAAUGAGAAGACAACAAAUUAAGCUUAUUCCCAGUUUCACCUGGAUAAAACUAGUGAUACUACGCUGACUGUUUAUCAUUUAGAAAUAGCAUAUUAAACAGUGUCCCAGUAAUUGGAGCAUGUAACCAGCACAGUAUUUUAAUAAUAAAUGUUAAUUUUAGACAGCAAUAGCUUGAUGAAGGAAACAGCUGUAAAUUUGGGUAUGUUGCGGGAAAGGGUCGAGGACCACUGGGACAUCUCCCUAGAAAAUCUAUUAACACAUCCAAAUGUAUCACAAAAGGGCAUGAUUGGAAAAUGUUUCACUCAACUAAAUCGCAAGUUUCUAGUCAAUUGUCAUCUGACCCAUCUCAAACCCAACAGUGUUACAUUAUUAAUUUAAUAAAACAUAUCUUAAUAUCUCAGAAGCCAGGAUUCCUGUGGUGUUUGCAAAAAUUAAUUUCAUUACAUUAAUUUAAAAAAAAAAACAACCUUGAUUUUUUUU